GCUCGAAAUUUUGGGAAGCGCGUGGCACGCGGGCGUGCAUACUUGCAUAAUUUUGCUUCACGUGUUGGGGGGAGUGGAAAAAGAGGUAGGGUAGGUAAAUCUAUUGGUUGUAAGCUCGGAUGCAUAGCCACGAGCAUUGGGUUCGCACAAAGUGUGCUUGUCAAGUUGCCGGGAAGAAAAUGUGCGGCGAGAGCCUCACUUAUGGCACCAAGCGUUAGACUGAAAGUUUGAGCACGGGAGAAGUCGCAUAUACCGUUCACUGGUCUGUGAAAAAUGUGGGGAAAUCAGAAGAUUUUCAAGCCUAUGUGAAAAUGCAGGAGAACUUCUGACCGUCGCUCACACCUUCCUGCUCCUCCGCCGAGAGCAAAAGCUUGAACGGAGAACCUGAAACCGGGACGCACCGGCAACACCGGACGGACAAGAAGAUCUACAGUAUCUCUGGGGCUUACUCAAGAAGAGCGAAAAGAGAGAGAGAGAGAGAGAGAGAGAGAGGUGAAAGCUACAAACGGAGAGGAAAGAAAGAAGAAAGGAAGGGAGGAAGAGCGGAGAGAGAGUGAGAGAGAGAAGAAGGGAAAACGGUGACAUACAUUAAAGGGACCAGACGAACGAGACGAGAGGCUUCUUGACGUCUUUGCGGUAGGCUACGUCGCUAUAUCAUCAUGGCCCAGGAGAAGAGGAAGACGAGGACGGCGGAGGGCGUCCUGCCUCCGGACGGCGGCUGGGGAUGGAUGAUCGUGGCCGGCUGCUUCAUGGUGACCGUUUGCACUCGCGCAGUAACAAGGUGUAUCUCCAUUUUCUUCGUGGAGUUUCAGAUGCACUUUGGACAUGACUACUCAGGGACUGCUUGGAUUCAUUCCAUAGUUGACUGCACUACUAUGCUAUGUGCGCCUCUCGGCAGCUUCAUCGGGAACAGGUACUCGUGUCGUGUGGCCGUGAUCCUCGGGGGACUCCUGUCGUCCACUGGCCUGAUCGUCAGCUCGCUCGCCUCCAGCCUCGAGUACCUGUACCUCUCGCUUGGGGUCCUGACAGGCUUGGGUUUCGCCCUGUGCUACACGCCGGCAAUCGCCAUGGUGGGCACGUACUUCUCGGAGAGGAAGGCCUUGGCGUACGGCAUCGCCAUGUCCGGCAGCGGCAUCGGCACCUUUGUGCUGGCGCCCGUGGUGCAGCUCCUCAUCGACUACUACUCGUGGCGCGGCGCCCUCCUCAUCCUGGGCGGCUUUGUGGCCAACCUCUGCGUCUGCGGCGCGGUGCUGCGGCCCAUCGUCCGCAAAGAGGACGUGGACGAGUCCCGGCCGCUGUCGUCCGACUCCGAGUGCGGCAGCUACAAGGUCAAGGCCAAAGCGCCGCCGCCGCUGCUGGAGAAGCCGCCUCUCGACGCGACGGAAAAAAGCAAGCGAUGCUCCUCGGCCUCGUCGUCCUCGUCGUCGACCUCCUCCACGACUUCCACGUCGUCGCUGAGCUGUUUCCAGUCGCUUCACGAGUACAGCUUCCUGCUCAUGCCUGACUUCCUGGUGCUGGCGGGCUCCUUCCUGUUCCUGGCCAAUGGCUGCAGCUUGCCGUUUGUUUACCUAGUGCCGUACGCGUUGGACGUGGGGGUGAGCCACCGGCAAGCAGCCUUCCUCAUGUCAAUCCUCGGGGUCAUCGACAUCUUCGGAAACAUCUCCUUCGGGUGGCUCACCGACAGAAGGUGGCUGAAGCAGCACCGUAACCUGUGCUACAUCUUUGCCCUGGGCAUGGAGGGCCUGUGUUGCCUCUUCCUGCCCCUGCUGCGCUCCUUUGCCCUGCUGGUGCCCUUCUCCGUGCUUUACGGCUACUUCGACGGCGCCUACGUGGCGCUCAUCCCCGUGGUGACCUCCGACGUGGUGGGCACCGCCUACCUGUCCUCCGCCCUGGGUGUGGUCUACUUCCUGCACGCCAUUCCAUACCUGCUCAGCCCGCCCAUCGGAGGCUGGCUAGUGGACACCACGGGCACCUACACGGCCACCUUCUUCCUAAGCGGAUUCUCUCUGAUCGGCAGCUCGCUGCUGCUCUGUACGGUGGCCCUCAUCCGCCGCUGCCACCGCUGCCACCGGGACCACCGGCGGGGCAAGGGCUCCCAGCCGGACCUGGAGCACCACGACGACCGGGACCGGGACCACCACGACGAGAGCAAACAGCCAGACUUUUACCCCAUCACCAAAACCAAGGACAUGGUGACGAUCACAGAAACUUCUGCACCACCACCACCACCACCACCACAACGCACCUGCUAGCAGUGAUGGAGUGCCUUUCAAGUUGUGUAUUUUUCUUCUUGUUGUUGUUGAGGAUUUCUGAUUUUCUUUUUUUUUCUUUUGACUUAUUUUUUUCUUAUUUUUUUCUAAUUAAGAGAAUCCCAAAAUGCAAUGGGGAUGCAAUGGAACUGCUGCAAACUUGCAUUUCUUUUAUUUUUUUUCUUCAUUUUGUCUGUUUUUUUAUUUUAUUAUUAUUUCAGUUUAGGAAAUCUCAAUAUAUAAUGCUGUGAUGCUGUUGUUGUUGUUGUUGGAAUCCAGGAAUCAGGUAUGAAAUUUGAUAGGAAAAAAGUAUAAUGUAGUUCUACUUACUACAUUUAGACAUCACCAUGCUGCCUGCUUCAAAAGGAGACUUUAAAUACUCACAAAAUAAUGUUCUCUUUUAUAAAGACAUUCGUGCACAUUGCAUCAAAUGGCAUUGGUGCUUGGGCGGAACGUGAUACAAAUAGUGAUUUAGCCUUCAACUCUGGUCGUAAGGCUGGUUUAUUUGCCAUUGAUUACUGCCAUUGUAUGUAAGCGACAAUGAUGCGUGCCUGCUCUGAAAUGGGCAAUGCACAUUUCUUGUUCUUGUGCAGCUCAGGGGUACCAAAGGAAAUCUUUUUUUUGCUGGUAUUUGUUGAAUAGUUUUUAUCUUUCACUGGAAUUUCUUAAUUUCUCAGAGAUAUGACGAUGCACAGUUGCUCUUCUUGAAACCAAAUGCAUGAAAUACCAAACCCUAUAUAUCGUCAGUACCAAACAACCAAUAUUUCAGAUUAUGCUGAUCUAUGCGAUGUUGAUAUUGCAAUACAUUUCAUGUAUUGGUCAUUUUAACACUGUUGUAUCUCUUGAAUGAAUGAAUGAAUGAAUGAAUGAAUGAAUGAAUGAAUGAAUGAAUGAAUGAACGAAUGAACGAAUGAACGAAUGAAUGAAUGAAUGAAUGAAUGAAUGAAUGAAUGAACACUAAACAUGAUGUGAGUUCACACAGUAACUCUGUUUCAAGUUUGACUGUGCUGAAAAGUUUGUAGCCAGGAGAGUGCUCCGUAGCAGAAAUGUAAUGACAUUUUUCUAGAGCAUUUUUUUUUGUAUUUGUACCAUAG